AUGGAUGGCAUGAGAAAAUUUCCAGUUUUGCCCCCAAUCCAAAGCACCCAGCAAGGAAUCAUUGGACAAAGGACAGUAGCGGAUGAAGAGAGGGUGGCUGUAAAGGAGAAGCUUCUGAGGCACAGAAGGAGUAAACAUCAACAAGAGCGUCUCCAUAAAAUAAUGAUUUCUAAUGCAGUGGAGGCCUACAGAAAGAAUAAAGACAGGGGAGCUUUUGCCCCACACCCACCAGAGCCACAAUUUCCACCCUCAAUGUAUAGUGAGGACCGCAAGCGAAUGAUGAACUACAUGUUCCUCAAGAAGUGUGUGGAGAGCAGUCCAGUUGUGCCCAUCCAGAAGCAAUGCCUGGAUGCCAUGCUGACCCGUGUUCCUGUGCAGCUUAGAGAGGGUGCUGGGCAAGAUGAGCUGUUACAAGAGCUUUGUAAGGAGGUCAGCAAUGACUUCCUCAAUGGAAUGAUUAGGCACACAGUGAACACUGUACUACUGAAGCCACAGAUGAAAGGAACUGUUGUUGAAAAUCCAAAAGUAAUCCCACCAAGAGUUCUUGAUUUCUCCCGGCCCUGGCACAAUAGUUUUAUAAGGAGCCGUAAGGAAAUAAACAACAAUUUACACAUUCUUCAUCCAGUUAUGCAAGCAGUCUUGGAUAUUGGCUGCAUUACAUUUUCUCCACUGCUCCUGGUUGACCUUUCAGGUUGCAGGGCUUCAGGGGCUGUGGACUGUGAUAGUUUAAAGAACAAAGUGGCUGUGGAGUGCAAGAGGAAAGAAGAGAAAAUUAUGAAUACCUGGUUCCCCAAAAUCAUCCAGCUGCUGACCAGUAAAGAGAUUUUGAAGGGAAUUAGAGCUGAGAAACGAGAUUCCUUCUACAACUGUGUGUCCACCUUAAUCUCCAAUCAGUUGAAAUCUCUGCUCAAAAGAAAUGUGGAAGAAUUUGUCAGCCUGUUUGAUCCAUGCAAUGUCCAUCUUUUGCCACUCUUCUGUAUGGACCUGACAUGUGAUAAUGGGAGGAUGGAGUUUUAUCCCAGCUUUCAAGAUCUUGAAAAGACCAUUUUGGACAUUUUGAGUGUCAUUACAAAUACAUUGCAGAACGUACAAACCGUCCAGUCAUGGUUGGCAGAAGCGGCUGUGUCAUUUGUUGAUGCCAAACUGGUCGACCAUGUCCUUUCCUGGGCUCAGACAACUGUCAAGGAUGCUGUGCACAAGAACCUAGAGGAGCCUGAUAAAUAUUUCCAAAAAUAUGUUUACAACUAUAACUGGCUUGUAAAUGGAACAGCACAGGCUCAAGUGGAGAAGUUUCUAAAGGAAGAACACUCCUUUGAUGAGUAUACUGAGGAAGUUGAGAAGUUCCGCGUGCUCUCAAAAGAGAUCAUCAGUCUCCCAGCAAAUGGCCAUUUUACCAUGGUCCAUUUGUACUGCGAGGAGCUGAAACAAGGGUUGGCCAACAAAGCCAAGGGCUUUGCUCAAGUAAUUUUGGAGAGAUUGAUCACCAACCACCGUGAGCACAAUCUUCAUAUCUGUCGUGAGUUUGAGACCAUCCAAGAGAGAGCACUCAAGGUCCCAGAAAACACAGAGGACAUGACUGAGAUGAUUGCUUACAUAACUUACACCAAGACAGAGGGUAUUGCAGUGCUACAUGAAAAGAUAGUGGAAGCCCAGUGCAGACUGAACUAUCUCAUGGAUGUCUAUAUAUUUGAACCAGAAGACCUGGAAUUGAAUUCCACUGUCUUUCUAUGGCCACGAAAUAUCCUUCCUGUCUUUGAACUCAAUGACAAGGUGAUGGAGAAGGCCAAGCAGAGAGGGGAGCAGGAACUGGUGAGCAGACGGGAGAAGUUAAUAAUGGAGCUGGAGAAGCUGGGUCGUAGGAUAGAAGAAUUUACAGGAUACUCUGAGCUGGAAAUGAUGCUGCAGUACAUGGCAGAUGUAAGAACAGUUCAGAAAAGGCUACAGGAUGCUGAGGAGGCCAUUGCAUUUAUCAACAAAGAGGAGGCCCUCUACAAAUGGGACCAUACCUGUUAUCCUGAGAUUGAAGUUAUCAAAGAGAGCAUUGAACCUUACCAGAGGCUAUUUGGAAUCAUGCUGAGAUGGCAGCGCACUGAGAAGAGAUGGAUGGAUGGUUCCUUCUUAGAGCUAAAUGGAGAGAGCAUGGAAGUAGAGGUGGAUGAGUUCUUCAGGGAGAUCUACAAGAUGCUUAAGUUCUUCCAGCAGAAGCAAAAUAAAGCUCAACAGGAAAAGCAGAGGAUGGCUGGGGGCACUAAGAAAAGGCCUGGAGAGGAGGAUCCAAGCAAGCUGGAGAGUCCUACCACACUUAUGUGUUCCACGGUAUUGGAGCAGAUCAAAGAAUUUAAGGAACAUAUCCCUAUGGUGUCCAUCCUGUGCAAUCCAGGUAUCAGACCUCGCCACUGGGAGCAGAUGUCACAGAUAGUGGAGUUUGAUCUCACUCCAGAUUCUUGCACCACAUUGCGCAAAGUUCUCAAACAAAACCUGUCUCCUUACCUGGAACAUUUUGAGUCCAUCAGUGCUGCUGCGAGUAAAGAGUUCUCCUUGGAGAAGGCUAUGCAAGCCAUGGUGGAGAUUUGGGAUGGCAUCUCCUUCAACCACAACCCCUACAGAGAGACAGGGGUGUCCAUUUUAACAGCCGUAGAUGAAAUUCAGACCAUGUUGGAUGAUCAGAUCAUCAAGACCCAGACAAUGAGGGGCUCACCCUUCAUUAAGCCCUUUGAGAAUGAGAUCAAGCUAUGGGAGGAGCGUCUGAUCCAUAUCCAGGAAACCACAGAUGAAUGGCUGAAGGUGCAGGCCCAGUGGCUCUACCUGGAACCCAUAUUCUCCUCUGAGGACAUCAUGCAGCAGAUGCCUGAGGAGGGAUGCCUCUUUCAAACAGUUGACAAAAUCUGGAAAGAGGUUAUGAGGCACUGUGUGAAGGACCCCAAGAUUCUACCAGCAACCUCACUGCCUGGCUUACUUGAACAACUCCAAGAUUCCAACAGCCUUCUGGAUAACAUCAUGAAGGGACUGAAUGCCUAUCUGGAAAAAAAACGACUCUUCUUUCCUCGGUUCUUCUUCUUGUCCAAUGAUGAAAUGUUAGAGAUUCUGUCAGAGACCAAGGACCCACUCCGUGUACAGCCCCAUCUAAAGAAGUGCUUUGAAGGUAUCUCCAAACUGGAUUUCCUUCCCAAUAUGGAUAUCCAGGCAAUGUACAGUAGCGAAGGGGAGCGUGUUCAGCUCAUCCAGCUUAUCUCCACCUCAGAGGCCAGAGGAGCUGUGGAAAAGUGGCUGCUGCAGGUGGAGGAUGUAAUGCUUCGUAGUGUCAGAGAUGCAGUGGCCCGCUCUAGAGUGGCCUAUGCUGAGACCCCUCGUAGCCAGUGGGUGAAGGAGUGGCCGGGGCAGGUGGUGCUCUGUACAUCUCAACUUUUCUGGACUUUGGAAGUGCAUGAAGCCAUCAGAGGAGGUGCAAAUGGUUUAAAGAAUUACUAUCAGCAACUGCAGAAUCAGCUAAAUGAUAUUGUGGAGCUGGUGAGAGGCAAGCUGCCAAAACAAACCCGGGUCACACUUGGAGCACUGGUCACCAUUGACGUCCAUGCCAGAGAUGUGGUCAUGGAGUUAAUUGAGAAGGGUGUAUCACAUGAAACAGAUUUCCAGUGGCUAGCCCAGCUCCGUUACUACUGGAACAAUGAAAAUGUCCGUGUUCGCAUCAUUAAUUGUGAUGUCAAGUACGCUUAUGAGUACCUUGGGAAUUCACCCAGACUGGUCAUCACCCCACUAACUGACAGAUGCUACCGAACCUUGAUUGGUGCAUUCUACCUGAGUUUGGGGGGAGCACCUGAGGGUCCAGCUGGAACAGGCAAGACAGAGACCACCAAAGAUCUGGCCAAAGCUCUGGCUGUGCAAUGUGUGGUCUUUAACUGUUCUGAUGGACUGGAUUACCUUGCCAUGGGGAAGUUUUUCAAAGGUCUGGCGUCAUCUGGUGCAUGGGCAUGUUUUGACGAGUUUAACCGUAUCGAGCUGGAGGUGCUGUCGGUCGUGGCUCAACAGGUGCUCUGUAUCCAGAGGGCCAUUGAGCAGAAGUUGGAGUACUUUGACUUUGAAGGGACCAUGCUCAAACUCAAUCCCAACUGCUUUGUGUCCAUCACAAUGAACCCUGGCUAUGCUGGACGAUCAGAACUCCCAGACAAUCUUAAGGUAUUGUUCAGAACAGUAGCCAUGAUGGUCCCCAACUAUGCUCUGAUAGCAGAGAUCUCUCUGUAUUCCUAUGGCUUCCUAAAUGCCAAACCCCUGUCAGUGAAGAUUGUGAUGACCUACAGGCUCUGUUCAGAACAGCUUUCCUCCCAGUUCCAUUAUGAUUAUGGCAUGAGGGCUGUCAAAGCUGUACUUGUGGCUGCAGGAAAUCUCAAGCUCAAGUUCCCUGAUGAGAAUGAAGAUAUUCUGCUUUUAAGGUCUAUCAAGGAUGUAAAUGAACCCAAGUUCCUCUCCCAUGACAUUCCACUGUUCAGUGGAAUCACCAGCGAUCUUUUCCCAGGCAUCUCCCUUCCUGAGGCUGACUAUCAGUUAUUUUUGGAGGCUACUGUGGAGUGCUGUAAGAAUCAUAAUGUACAGCCGACACAGGUUUUCCUAGAAAAGUUGACCCAGACAUAUGAGAUGAUGAUAGUCAGACAUGGGUUCAUGCUGGUGGGAGAGCCCUUUGCUGGGAAGACCAAAGUGCUACAUGUCUUGGCUGACACUUUGACUCUAAUGAAUGAGAAAGGAUACAAUGAGGAGGAGAAGGUCAUCUACAGGACAGUAAAUCCCAAGUCCAUCACGAUGGGACAGCUCUUUGGACAGUUUGAUCCAGUCUCCCAUGAGUGGGCAGAUGGGAUUGUGGCCAACACAUUUCGCGAGUUUGCAUCAGCUGACACACCAGAUCGCAAAUGGGUGGUGUUUGAUGGCCCUAUAGACACACUGUGGAUUGAGAGCAUGAACACUGUGCUGGAUGACAACAAAAAGCUGUGCCUGAUGAGUGGCGAGAUCAUCCAGAUGUCCAAUCAGAUGAGUCUGAUUUUUGAAGCAAUGGACUUGUCACAAGCCUCUCCUGCCACAGUGAGUCGAUGUGGUAUGAUCUACAUGGAGCCCUCUCAGCUGGGCUGGGAACCCUUGGUGACCUCCUGGAUGAAUACUCUUCCAGAAGCCCUGCAGAGCCCAGAAAAUAGCUCCCUGUUGCUGGAGCUCUUCUACUGGCUCCUUCCACCUGCCCUCAGGGUGCUGCGUAAACACUGCAGGGAAGUUGUUUCCACAACUAACAGCAAUACGGUUGUGUCCCUGUGUCGAUUGUUUGACAUGCUGCUCACUGAGUAUGUGAAGGAGGACCCUGGAAACAAAAAUAUACGCAGUUGGAUCAUGGCAGCAUUUGCAUUCUCCCUGGUGUGGUCUGUGGGAGGCUGCUGUGAUUCUGACAGUAGAGAGAGGUUUGACAAGUUCAUCAGGGAGAUUGUUUCAGGGAGGGCUGACAAUCUUCCCAUUCCUGCCUCCGUGGGGAAAUGGGAGUGUCCCAUGGAUGAAAAAGGCCUGGUGUAUGACUAUUUAUAUGAGUUCAAAGGUAAAGGCCGCUGGCUCCACUGGAAUGAAGCCAUCAAGAAUGUCAGCCUGGGGGACAAAAAAACCAAAGUCCAAGACAUUAUUGUCCCCACCAUAGACACAGUCCGAUACACCUACCUGAUGGACCUGUGCAUCAACAGUGGCGUGCCUAUAUUGUUUGUGGGUCCUACUGGCACUGGAAAAUCAGUGUAUGUUAAGGAGAAGCUGAUGAACAACCUGGACAAAGACCGCUACUUGCCCUUCUUCAUCAAUUUCUCAGCCCGCACUAGUGCCAACCAGACACAGAAUAUUGUCUUGUCCAGACUGGAUAAGAGAAGAAAGGGAGUGUUUGGGCCUCCCAUGGGGAAGAAGUGUGUGAUCUUUGCAGAUGACAUGAACAUGCCUGCACUGGAGCAAUUUGGAGCCCAGCCUCCUAUUGAGCUCCUACGACAAUAUGUUGACCAUGGAAACUGGUAUGACCUGAGGGAUACCUCUAAGAUCUCGCUCAUAGACCUGCAGCUCAUUUCAGCUAUGGGGCCCCCUGGUGGUGGGAGGAAUGCUGUGACACCUCGCUUCCUGCGCCACUUCAAUAUUUGCAGUAUCAAUGCUUUUAGCGAUGACACCAUGGUGCGCAUCUUCUCCAAUGUGGUGGCAUUCUACCUCAAAAACUAUGAUUUCCCUCCCGAAUACUUGACUGUGGGCAAUCAAAUAGUGUCUGCUACUAUGGAAGUGUACAAGAAAGCCACGGAGAACUUGCUACCAACCCCAGCCAAGUCCCACUACACUUUCAACCUGCGAGACUUCUCCCGUGUCAUACAAGGCUGCCUGCUCCUGAGAAAGGAGUCACUCGAGAACAAACGUACCAUGAUCCGCCUGUUUGUGCAUGAAGUGUUCCGUGUCUAUUAUGACCGCCUUGUGGAUGACAAAGACCAAGCAUGGCUCUACCAGCUUGUGAAUGACAUCCUCAAAGACCACUUUAGGGAAUCCUUUGACAAGGUUUUUGACCACCUGAAAAAAGGCAAAAAACUGGUAGAAGAAGACAUGCGAAGCCUUCUGUUUGGAGACUACAUGAACCCUGACCUAGAUGAUGAUGAGCGCUUGUAUGCUGAGGUGCCUUCUUUGGAGAGCUUUGGUGAGGUGGUGGAGUUAUGUCUAGAUGAAUACAACCAAACACACAAGAAUCGCAUGAACCUUGUCAUCUUCCGCUAUGUUCUGGAACACCUUUCUCGUAUCAGCCGUGUGCUAAAGCAGCCAGGGGGUAACGCCCUGCUGGUGGGAGUGGGGGGAAGUGGACGCCAGUCAAUCACCCGCCUUGCUGCAUUCAUGGCUCGUAUGACUAUGUUCCAGCCAGAGAUCUCUAAGAGCUAUGACAUGAAUGAUUGGAGGGACGACCUCAAGCUGCUGCUGAAGAAUGCUGGAGUAAAAGGUCAGAAGACAGUCUUCUUGCUUACAGAUGCUCAAAUAAAAGAGGAGGCUUUUCUGGAAGAUGUGGACAAUCUCCUGAAUACAGGAGAGGUACCUAACCUCUUUGCUGUAGAUGAAAAGCAAGAGAUUAUGGAGGCUGUUCGUCCCAUUGCCCAGGCUGGUAAUAAGAGUUUGGAGUUAAGCCCGCUGGCUCUUUUUGCCUUCUUUGUGACACACUGUAGAGAGAACUUGCACAUUGUGGUGGCUUUCAGUCCCAUUGGAGAUGCCUUUCGAAAUCGCCUGCGCCAGUUCCCAUCACUUAUCAAUUGCUGCACCAUUGACUGGUUCCAGCCUUGGCCAGAGGAGGCUCUUGAGCGGGUGGCCAACUCUUUCCUGGAGACACUAGAGAUGAGUGAGCAGGAGAGGCAGGAAGUCAUCCCCAUCUGCAAGACAUUCCACACAUCCGCAAUACAGCUCUCACAGAAAUUCCUAUUUGAUCUGGGUCGCCAUAACUAUGUGACGCCCACCUCCUACCUGGAGCUGAUUGCUGCAUUCCGUCUGCUCCUCACCCAGAAAAGAGACACUGUCAUGAGGGCUAAGAAGAGGUACACCAAUGGUCUUGAUAAACUAGCCUUUGCUGAGUCUCAGGUGGGUGAGAUGAAGAAGGAACUGGUGGACCUGCAGCCCAAGUUGGAACAGGCAAAGAUAGACAACACCAAAAUGAUGAAGGUGAUUGAGGUGGAGUCUGUGGAGGUGGAAGCCAAAAGUAAGGUUGUGAGAGUGGAUGAGGAGGCAGCAACUAUAAAAGCCAGUGAGGCUCAGGCUCUGAAGGAUGAGUGUGAAAGUGACUUAGCUAAGGCCAUACCUGCCCUGGAGGCUGCUCUUUCAGCUUUGGAUACUCUCAAGCCAGCUGAUGUGACAAUUGUGAAGUCAAUGAAGAAUCCUCCAUCAGGGGUGAAGCUAGUGAUGGCAGCUGUGUGUGUGAUGAAGGCGAUUAAGCCAGAUAAAAUUGCUGAUCCAGCUGGUACUGGACAGAAGAUUUUUGACUAUUGGGGUCCAAGCAAGAAGCUACUGGGUGAUAUGAACUUCUUACGGGACUUGAGAGAAUACGACAAGGACAAUAUUCCAGUCCCUGUGAUGCAAAAAAUCCGUAGUGAGUACAUGACCAAUCCCGACUUUGACCCCAGCAAAGUUGCCAAGGCCUCUUCUGCAGCUGAGGGCCUCUGCAAGUGGAUCCAAGCCAUGGAGGUCUAUGACAGGGUUGCCAAGGUGGUGGCUCCUAAGAAGGCCAGCCUUGCAGAGGCACAGCAGUCUUUAGCGACUACAAUGGCCCUACUGGACCAGAAGAGAGCUGAGCUAAGAGAUGUAGAAGACCGUUUGGCUGCGCUUCAGAAGACUUUUGAGGAAAAGACAGAGGAGAAGGCCCAGCUAGAGUUCCAGGUAGACCUUUGUGCCCGAAAGCUGGAAAGGGCUGAGAAACUCAUUGGAGGCCUUGGAGGAGAGAAAAUCAGAUGGUCUAAGGCAGCAGAUGACCUCCAAAACACCUAUGACAACCUGACAGGAGAUGUUCUAAUCUCUGCUGGUGUCAUUGCCUAUUUGGGAGCCUUCACUGCUGGCUUCAGACAAGACUGCACCAAGUUAUGGACCAAACUCUGCCAAUCUAAGAACAUUCCAUCAUCAGAUGACUUCUCUCUCAGUAAGACCCUAGGAGACCCCAUUAAGAUCAGGGCAUGGAAUAUUGCAGGACUUCCCACUGACUCUUUCUCCAUAGACAAUGGUGUCAUUGUCAGUAAUUCACGUAGAUGGCCUCUGAUGAUCGACCCUCAAGGCCAGGCCAAUAAGUGGGUGAAGAACUUGGAGAAAGACAGCAACCUGAGUGUGAUCAAACUGACAGAUGCAGACUACAUGAGAACUUUGGAGAAUUGUAUCCAAUUUGGAACUCCCCUCCUGCUAGAGAAUGUAGGAGAAGAGCUGGAUCCUUCACUGGAACCACUUCUGCUUAAACAAACGUUCAAACAAGGUGGUAUGGACUGCAUCAGACUGGGGGAGAGUGUGAUUGAAUACUCUGUAGAUUUCCGUUUCUACAUCACCACUAAGCUGCGAAACCCCCACUACCUACCAGAACUAGCCACCAAAGUGUCCCUGCUAAAUUUUAUGAUCACCCCAGAGGGCUUGGAGGACCAGCUGCUUGGGAUUGCAGUUGCCAAAGAGAGGCCAGAACUGGAAGAAGAGAGGAAUGCUCUAAUCCUGCAGUCAGCAGCCAAUAAGAAGCAGCUGAAAGAGAUUGAGGACAAGAUCCUGGAGACACUGCAGUCUUCUGAGGGAAACAUCCUGGAGGAUGAGAGUGCCAUCCAGAUUCUCGACUCUGCUAAGAUCAUGUCUGAUGAGAUCUCCAAGAAACAGCAGGUGGCAGAGAAGACAGAGGUCAAGAUUGCAGAGUCUAGAGAGGGCUACAGAGCCAUCGCCAAACACUCUUCUAUUCUGUUCUUCAGUAUUGCUGAUCUCACUAACAUAGACCCCAUGUACCAGUACUCUCUUAGCUGGUUUGUGAAUCUCUACAUCAACUCUAUACAGGACAGUAAUAAGUCCAAGAUCCUGGGGAAGAGGCUCAGAUACCUGAUCGAUCACUUCACCUAUAACCUGUACUGCAAUGUGUGUCGCUCACUGUUUGAGAAGGACAAACUCCUUUUCUCAUUCCUACUCUGCUGCAAUCUCCUCCUAGCAAAAAAGGAGAUUGAGCAUGCUGAAUUCAUGUUCUUGCUGACUGGAGGAGUGGGCCUGCAGAACACCACCCCAAACCCAGACUCUACCUGGCUACAGGACAAGAGCUGGGAUGAAAUCUGCAGAGCCAGUGAGCUGCCUGGCAUAAAGGGACUUAAAGAGGAUUUCUUUAAGCACCCAGAAGAUUUCAAACCUAUCUAUCAAAGUAAAGAGCCCUACAAGACCUCUCUGCCCAAACCCUGGUGUGAAAGUCUCAGUGACCUGCAAAAGAUGAUCAUCUUCCGCUGUCUAAGGCCUGAUAAAAUGGUGCCUGCUAUCAUUAACUAUGUAACGGACAAACUGGGGAAGAAGUUUGUGGAGCCCCCUCCCUUUGAUCUGAACAAGAGCUACUUGGACUCCAACUCCACCAUCCCACUUGUGUUUGUGUUAUCUCCAGGAGCAGACCCCAUGGCCAGCUUACUGAAGUUUGCCAAUGAUAAGAACAUGGGCAGCGCAAAGUUUCAGUCCAUCUCUCUGGGACAGGGUCAAGGCCCCAUUGCUGCCAAGAUGAUACAGAUGGCGAUGAAGGAGGGCACUUGGGUUUGCUUGCAGAAUUGUCACCUGGCUGUGUCUUGGAUGGCCACCUUGGAGAAGAUUUGUGAGGACUUCAUUCCAGACACCUGCCACCCAGACUUCCGCCUCUGGCUCACUAGCUACCCCUCACCCAAGUUUCCAGUAACCAUCCUGCAGAAUGGAGUGAAGAUGACAAAUGAGCCUCCUACAGGUCUCCGACUCAACCUGCUACAGUCUUUCCUGUCAGAUCCUGUUUCGGACCCCAACUUCUUCAGUAACUGUCCCAAUAAGGAGCUGAUUUGGGAGAAACUUCUGUAUGGAGUUUGCUUCUUCCAUGCACUUGUACAAGAGAGGAAGAAGUUUGGUCCUCUGGGAUGGAACAUUCCAUAUGGUUUCAACGAAUCUGACCUACGAAUCAGUAUCAGACAGCUACAGAUGUUUGUGAAUGAUUAUGAUGAGGUGCCUUUUGAGGCCAUAACCUAUCUGACAGGAGAAUGUAACUAUGGUGGUCGCGUGACAGAUGACUGGGAUAGGCGGCUCCUGAUGACCAUCUUAGUAGAUUUCUACAACAAGGACAUCUUUGAGAAAGCACGCUACAAUUUCUCCCCCAGUGGCAAAUACUAUGCCCCUCCUAAAUUCAUAUAUGAGGAUUAUGUUGAAUUUAUCAAGAAUCUUCCACUCAGCCAGCACCCAGAAGUGUUUGGGAUGCAUGAAAAUGUGGACAUCUCAAAGGAUCUGCAGCAAACCAAGGUGCUGUUUGAUUCACUGCUGCUUACCCAAGGGGGAGGUGGAAAGGGAGGAAGUAGCUCUGGAGGUGACAGCACCGUGUAUGACAUAGCUAAUGACAUCCUUACUAAGCUUCCAGCCAAUUUUAACAUUGAAGCUGCUCUCUCAAAGUUCCCAGUGCUUUAUGAGGAGAGUAUGAACACUGUGCUGGUCCAAGAGAUGGAGCGUUAUAACACGCUCUGUGUUACAAUCCGUGUGAGCCUGCAGAACUUGUUGAAAGCCAUUAAGGGUCUGGUAGUGAUGGAUGCAGAGCUUGAGGCCAUUGCUGGCAGUCUAAUGGUUGGCAAGGUCCCAGAGAAAUGGGCCAAGCGCUCCUACCCUAGCCUUAAGCCUCUUGGUAGCUACAUUACUGACUUCCUCUCCAGACUCAAGUUCUUGAGGGAUUGGUACAAUAACAGCAAACCUUGUGUAUUCUGGCUAUCUGGCUUCUUCUUCACCCAAGCUUUCUUAACUGGCGCCAUGCAGAACUAUGCAAGGAAAUAUCAUUGCCCCAUUGACCUGCUGGGCUUUGAUUUUGAGGUCCUCCCUACUGAAGAAUCAGACACAGCCCCUGAAGAUGGCGUCUAUAUUUAUGGGCUAUUUUUGGAUGGAGCCCGUUGGGACAGAAGAGGGGGAGUUCUUGCUGAGCAGUACCUCAAAGUUCUGUUUGACCCUAUGCCUAUCAUCUGGAUCAAACCCACUCAAAAGAAAGGCAUUGAUCAGCCUCAGAUGCUGUAUGUUUGUCCUCUUUACAAGACCAGUGAGAGGAAAGGCACCCUCUCUACCACAGGACACUCUACCAACUUUGUUAUUUCCAUGACACUGCCCACCAGCAAGUGCCCACAGCACUGGAUCAAGCGGGGGGUGGCCAUGCUCUGUCAGCUUGAUAACUGA